AUUCCUACUCUUCUUCUCCAACAAGAAAACUUUACACAGAAAAUUAAAAAGAAGAAAGAGACUCAUAAAUAACCCUAAUUUCCUCACUCUCAACUCUUCUUCACUUCUUCUCCGAUCUCUCUCCGGCGGUUGCAUCUUCUCUUAUCUCCGGCUUCAGGUGGAUUCUUCCUUCAAUUUGUUUCUUCAGGUUUUUAAUCCAACCUACCAAAAAUGUUUCUUACAAGGACCGAGUAUGACAGAGGAGUGAACACUUUCUCUCCAGAAGGUCGAUUGUUUCAGGUUGAAUAUGCCAUUGAGGCUAUUAAGUUGGGUUCAACUGCAAUUGGGUUGAAGACAAAAGAAGGUGUGGUGCUUGCAGUUGAGAAGCGAAUCACUUCGCCAUUGUUGGAACCAAGCAGUGUCGAAAAGAUAAUGGAAGUUGAUGAGCACAUUGGAUGUGCCAUGAGUGGAUUGAUUGCUGAUGCCCGGACACUUGUUGAACAUGCUCGGGUGGAAACUCAGAAUCAUAGAUUCUCAUAUGGUGAGCCAAUGACUGUAGAGUCCACAACGCAGGCUCUUUGUGAUUUGGCUCUGCGGUUUGGUGAGGGUGAUGAAGAAUCCAUGUCUCGUCCUUUUGGAGUUUCUCUUCUCAUUGCUGGUCACGAUGAGAAUGGCCCGAGCUUAUACUACACCGAUCCAUCUGGAACAUUUUGGCAAUGCAAUGCAAAGGCCAUAGGAUCUGGUUCAGAAGGAGCAGACAGCUCUCUGCAAGAGCAAUUCAACAAGGACCUAACACUUAAGGAGGCUGAGACCAUUGCUCUUUCUAUCCUCAAACAAGUCAUGGAAGAGAAGGUGACACCAAACAAUGUUGACAUUGCGAAGGUGGCUCCGACAUAUCAUCUGUACACACCUUCUGAGGUAGAAGCCGUCAUUACUCGCCUAUAAGUUGUGGAAUCUCUUUUGCUUACCGACGAUCGCUUCUCUAAAUUUGUUGUCUUUGCUUCUCUAAAUUUCUGGGAAUGGUGAUGAGGAUGAUUUGCCUUUGUUUCUGAUUGGUGUUCUUGGUUGUUGGAUAUGAUGCAAAGGCUUCAAAAAUUGCUUUCAAGUUAGAAAAUUAUACAUUAUUCUGGAUGUUUAGAACGAUUAACAUUUUGAUACAAUUAUAUGUUAUCCAGUGAAAAAAAAUCAAACCUUGAACAAGUUUGUGUUUUAAACAUAAUAUUUACUUAAACAUUGAAAACAACUAUAGAAAAA